UACUGCCCGUUCCUAAUAAUAGGUAGUAGGCAAAGCCAUUAUUGAACCCCUGGGAGGUCAGACCAACGACGAGCUGCUAAUUCCGCCCCUUUUGACAGACUGCUCGUGGUUUCCGGUAUUCCCGCCAUAACACACCGUCUCCUGACCACCGACGGCCUCUUUCAACUUGAACCAGACCCAUACCUUCCGAUACCUGUUUGAUACUAUCUUGCGUCUUUCCAGCUUUUGGCAUCCAUUCCAGAGCAAUCCCGGCCUUUGUUCCUCUAGUGGCCAUCUCAGUUAAAUCAGCAAUCAUGGCGGACGAUGGUGCCUCUCCUCGUGAGCUUGUGGUGGAAGCCUGUCGACGGGACCAGCCUCAUCUGAUCGAACAAGUUCUUGACGGGUUGGAGGGGAAAUCGAACGAACAAGUGGCGGAGUUCUUCAACGGCGUGACGGACCCAUUAGGGAACCACGCCCUGCACAUCUGUGCGACAUACGGAAGCUACGACACCAUGGAUACUCUCUUCGACAUUCAGUACUUUGAAUGCGACCCCCUCACUCGCCUUGAUAAAGACACCCCUCUCCAUGCCGCCGUGCGCUUCGCCAACGAGAAGGACUCCGAACUAGGACUGGAAAUGAUCAAUAUGAUGUGCGAAGCCGGAUGCGACCCGCGGGUCCGAAACAAGCACGGACAGAAACCCGCCGACCUUGUGUACAACAACCAGGAGAUCAAGUCGGCCCUACAGCGGGCCGAAUACGUUCUCGCCGAGGGUCUGAGAGAAGAUGCGGACAACGGCUCUGCUAAUGGCAGUGCCAGCGACAGCGAGUAAACAACCGAACGCGGAGACCGUCGAUGUCAGUCAUCUCGUGUCGUCCGUCUGCUUCUUUGUCCUCUCCACCCCAUAGAUAUACGACCGUGAUGAAUGGCCAUUUUUCUUUUUCGUUUCUUCUCUUUCAUUAUACAUAACCUUCAAUGGUUUGGUUGAAACAUAUUUCGGGCGUUGAUGUUAUGUUGAUAUCAGGUGCGAGUUCCUGGCUGUAUUUACUGUAGCAUAGGCAAUUCAUCCUUGGCUGUAGAUUCUUGAAAUAGCUGUCAUAUCAUUUACUUUGCGUUGUAGACUUGGUUUUCAGUAGGAAAAUCCGGUCACGUUACUUGGAUAGGUAGUAAAUAUCCAUCUAUAUCUAUGGUCCUUAUUCGAGCAUGAAGAUAUAUUUCUUAUUGACGGCCCCGAAGAAAAAA